GCCGCGCAGCCCAGCCCGAGCGCCGCGCUUCGCCGCCACUGCAGCUCGCGGCCCUUUCGCCUCCGCCCGCCUUUCGCGUGGCUUCUUGGCCUUAAACUCCCGAAAACCCCCGCACCCCCGGGUCCCGCGGCGGCCGGUCGCUAAUUAAUAGAAGAUGGCAAAGCCCAGCCACAGCAGCUACGUCCUUCAGCAGCUAAACAACCAAAGGGAAUGGGGUUUUCUCUGUGACUGUUGUAUUGCAAUUGAUGACAUUUACUUUCAAGCACACAAAGCCGUUCUAGCUGCUUGUAGCUCCUAUUUUAGAAUGUUUUUCAUGAACCAUCAGCAUAGUACUGCACAGCUGAAUCUCAGCAACAUGAAAAUUAGUGCAGAGUGUUUUGAUCUCAUUUUGCAAUUUAUGUAUUUAGGAAAAAUAAUGACAGCUCCCUCCAGUUUUGAGCAGUUUAAAGUGGCCAUGAAUUACCUACAGCUGUACAAUGUUCCUGACUGCUUAGAAGACAUACAGGAUGCAGAUUGUUCUAGUUCAAAAUGUUCAUCAUCUGCUUCUAGCAAACAGAACAGCAAAAUGAUAUUUGGGGUGAGAAUGUAUGAAGAUACUGUGGCUAGAAAUGGCAGUGAAGCCAAUAGGUGGUGUGCAGAGCCAAGUUCAACAGUAAAUACACCACAUAACAGAGAGCCUGAUGAAGAGUCUUUACAAUUGGGUAGUUUUCCUGAACCACUAUUUGACGUGUGUAAAAAAAGUUCUGUGUCCAAAUUAUCUACUCCAAAAGAACGUGUGUCACGACGCUUUGGACGAAGUUUUACCUGUGAUAGUUGUGGAUUUGGCUUUAGCUGUGAAAAAUUAUUAGAUGAGCAUGUGCUAACCUGUACUAACAGACAUUCGUAUCAAAACACGAGAUCCUAUCACAGAAUAGUAGAUGUUAGAGAUGGAAAAGAGAGUAAUAUCAAAGCUGAAUUUGGUGAAAAGGAUUCUUCUAAGACAUACUCUGCACAGACAGACAAAUACAGAGGAGACACAAGUCAGCCUGCUGAUGAUUCGACUUCACCCACUGGAAGCAGAAAGAGUAGCACAGUGGAGUCUGAACUAGCCAGUGAAGAAAAAAGCAGAGCUGCCGAGAGAAAAAGAAUCAUUAUCAAGAUGGAGCCAGAAGAUAUUCCUACAGAUGAACUGAAAGACUUCAACAUUAUUAAAGUUACUGAUAAAGAUUGUAAUGAAUCCACUGACAACGAUGAAUUAGAAGACGAACCUGAAGAGCCAUUUUACAGAUACUAUGUUGAAGAAGAUGUCAGUAUUAAAAAAAGUGGUAGGAAAACUCUAAAACCUCGAAUGUCAAUGAACGCUGAUGAAAGAGGUGGUUUAGAAAAUACGCGACCCCCUAACAACAGCAGUCCAAUACAAGAAGAUACUGAGAAUGCAUCUUGUGAACUGUGCGGACUCACAAUAACCGAGGAGGACCUGUCAUCUCAUUACCUAGCCAAGCACAUUGAAAACAUCUGUGCAUGUGGUAAAUGUGGACAAAUACUUGUGAAGGGUAGACAACUUCAGGAACAUGCUCAAAGAUGUGGAGAACCCCAAGAUCUGACAAUGAAUGGGUUAGGAAAUACUGAGGAGAAAAUGGACAUGGAAGAGAAUCCUGAUGAGCAGUCUGAAAUAAGAGAUAUGUUUGUUGAAAUGUUGGAUGAUUUUAGGGACAGUCAUUUCCAGAUAAACAGUAUCCAAAAAAAGCAGUUAUUUAAACAUUCUGCCUGUCCUUUUCGGUGCCCUAAUUGUGGCCAGCGUUUUGAAACUGAAAAUCUAGUGGUUGAACAUAUGUCUGGCUGCCUAGACCAAGAUAUGUUUAAGAAUGCUAUCAUAGAAGAAAAUGAAAGAGAUCACAGACGAAAGCAUUUUUGUAAUCUGUGUGGAAAAGGAUUUUAUCAGCGGUGUCACCUAAGAGAGCACUAUACUGUUCAUACUAAGGAAAAACAGUUUGUGUGUCAGACAUGUGGGAAGCAGUUUUUAAGAGAACGUCAGUUGCGACUGCACAAUGAUAUGCACAAAGGCAUGGCCAGUGGUGAAAUAGGGCCUUCUAAACCUCUGGAGAAGUGAGAUCUGAAUUUGGAGAGGACCUGGGGAAGAAUCAAUCUUCAACAGAUAAUCUUUAAAUCCAGACCCAGGAAUAUCAGAUCUGAAGUGACACCAUCUUUUCUGUCUUCCUGACAAACCUCAUCAGCCCCAAAUGUUCCAGUUACAAGCAUCCAAGAAAACUCAGAAAAGACCACUUUGAAAUCACUUUGUUGUGACAAAAUUGAAUCACGGCGACUCUCUUAGUAUCUGUGGAAAAUCUGCUAAAGAAAAGUAGAAUAUUCAUAAGACUUCAAUGGGUAAAGUUACACUAAAAUGAAACUAUAUGCUGAUUAUCUUCAAGGGUCCCUUCUAAAAGGCUUGCUAGGCUACUGUAAAUAUCUAUCUAUAGUAAUAAAAGCAUUAUAUGCUAAUUAGACCAGGCAGCCGAACAACCUUCCAGAUGACCUUGACCUUCCGGAUGAAGCUGGGGCUGUGAGGGCUGAGGUAGCCACCACGGCCACUAGGGCCGAGCCCCUUGCACGAAUUUCAUGCAUUGGGCCUCUAGUAAUCAUAUAACUGUGUAAACAUAUAAUUCUAAACUUAAUCUGAAUCAGAGUUUACAUAUUAUUAAAUGCUUUUAGACAGUUAAAAAUACAUAAAAAUAUGUAGAAUGUAAAUAAAAAUGUUGGUACAGAGAAAAAAAAGCAAGAACAAUAACAAGAAAAGAUAAUAUCAUUAUUACUGUAAUGUAACAUUUACCCUUUUUUUACUGUAUAUAUUAUACAAACUUGAUUAUUAAUAUUAAUGAAGCUUCCUUUUAAGUCUGUUAACUUGAAGGAAAAAACAGAAGUGAUAUUAUUUCUUCAAUAGUGGUAGAUUUUCACAAUUCACAGACAACCAAAAGAGUGUAUCUUAAGGCAUUAUUUUCUUUUGAACUUAGCAAUAUACCUUAAUAGGACAGAAUGAGUUUCUGUUAAACACUUGUUUUUAGUAUUAAUGUUUCUCAGUUUUCAAAUUUCAAGAUAAAAUUCAACUAAGUAUCGAAUAAAAUAAUGAUUAACAUUUUAAAAGUCCUUUCAUGGGGAAAUGAAAUGUUUGGUGAAAUUUUAACCUGGCUACAAAUACUUUUCAAAAAAUACAUUUCUAGCCAUAUUAUUUUCUUAUUGUGAGUAUACUUGUAGUUUUACUUUUGGUUAACUGUGUACCCAAUUCAUUAUUAUUAUUGUUAUUAUUUUAUUGUACAAUAUUAAGAUGUCAUAUAUUUUCAGAAAUGUUUAUUAUGUUUUCAUACCUAUUCAAAUAUUUUAAUAAGGAGUUGCACAAAGAGAUCUAACUUAGAGUAUUCAUAAUAGUAUAUGCAGAGGUUAAGUAAUUUAAACUCUCUAGCUAUAAGAUAGGAUAACUUGAAUAUUCAUUCUAAUAAUUAGAUUAAAAAAUCAGAAAAAGUUAAUUACAAUGUGUGGGUCCAGCAGCAAGAAGGGAGAAGAGAAAGCCACUAAAGAUUUCAAAAUCAUAUGAAUUCAAUUGCUUUAAAAUAAAACAAAUAAGUUUAGAAAACUGUUAGUUUCUGAAAAAACAAAACUAGAGUUAAUCUCUUUUGGGAGCAUGAGGACGCCUACAGAACAACAGACUUAUAACAAGUAGGAAACAGAAAAGAUAAAAAAUAUUAUCAAUAAUUAAAGGUUCCAGAUCAAUAUAGUAGAGAUUCAAUAAUUUUUAAUUGGUAGGAUUAGAUUCACAAAAUAAAUAUGCUUAAAUUUUGACUACUAAAAUAUGAAUAUAAGGAAUAACAAGUGAUUUAAAUGCAUUCUACAAUUUGAUUAUUUUCUGUAUAAUACUACAAAAUGGAGUUUAUUGGGUUACAUGGAGAAUUUUUGUUACAUUUCUAAUCCAUUGCUUUUACCUAAUAAAAUUCCCUCCUCUAUGUUCAGAAGUUAAACUGUUUGUAUAUUACUUUUAUUUAUACUGUACUUUUCAACCUGACUUUAAAAAAAUUAUUUGUCUGUAAUGUUAUCAAUUCCUUCCAUUCUGUAAUACCAAAAUAAUAAACUAUCUGAUGUAGCUAA